GCGGGGACUGGCUGGCUGACUGGUUACUUCUGUGUGUCCGUGGAUCGCGAACAGGCAGACGGAGGGAGAGAGGGAGCGCAGAGGGAGCGCCCGGCGAGCGGACACCACGGCCGCAGGCUCAGCUGGCAGCACACACUUUGGCAAGACGAUCGAGCGAGUUUUCCUAGAAGAAGAGCUUGGGCGGUAUGCAAAGUUGUGAAAUAUCUUCAGACAGUGCAGAUGAUCCUCUCAGUCGUGGCACACUGACAAAGCGACAACCUCGUAUAGUCGUCAUCGGUGCUGGUCUCGCUGGACUCUCUGCGGCAAGACUCCUCCUAGCCAGUGGAUUCACAGACAUCACUGUUCUAGAGGCAUCAGAGCGAAUUGGGGGCAGAGUCCAAAGCAUUAAACUUGGCUGCGCCACCUUUGACCUUGGGGCUACUUGGAUCCACGGAGCUGAUGGGAACCCAGUGUAUCAGCUAGCAGAAGACCAUGGUCUCCUUGAAGAAACUACAGAUGGAGAACGCAGCACUGGCCGCAUCAGCCUCUACUCCAAGAAUGGGGUGGCCCACUACUAUACCAGUGGUGGCCAGAGAAUACCUAAGGAUGUCAUUGAAGAAUUCAGCGAUGUAUACAACGAGGUCUAUAACCUGACACAGGAGUUCUUCCAACGGGGAAGGCCCGUUGGCGCAGAAAGCCAAAACAGCGUUGGCAUUUUCACAAGAAAUGUGGUGCGUAAGCGCCUCAAGGCAAACCGCGAGGACUCUGGCAUCAGCAAGAAGUUGAAGUUGGCGAUGCUCCAGCAGUUCUUGAAGGUUGAAAGCUGUGAGAGCAGUUGUCACAGCAUGGACGAGGUGUCCCUCAGUGAGUUUGGCGAGUGGACGGAGAUCCCCGGGGCUCACCAUGUCAUCCCGAGCGGCUUCAUCAACAUCGUGGAGAUCCUGGCACGGGACAUCCCCAAGUCGGUCAUCCAGCUGAACAAGGUGGUGAAGAGCAUCCACUGGAACCGCUCGUUCAGCGAGGAGAUCCACUACAUCCAGCGGACCUUCGCCGACCACAAUGUGGAGGGGCAGGAGGAGGAGGAGGAGUUGGGCUACCGGGUGCGGGUGGAGUGCGAGGACUGCGAGUUCAUCCUGGCUGACCACGUGAUCGUCACCAUGUCACUGGGCGUGCUGAAGAAGUACCACGAGACCAUGUUCCACCCCCACCUGCCCGAGGAGAAGGUCUCGGCCAUCCGCAUGCUGGGGAUCAGCACCACGGAUAAGAUCUUCCUGGAGUUCGAGGAGCCCUUCUGGAGCCCCGAGUGCAACAGCAUCCGUUUUGUGUGGGAAGACGAUGCGGAGAGCGAGAGCCCGGCCUACCCGCAGGAGCUGUGGUACAAGAAGAUCUGCGGCUUCGAUGUGCUCUACCCGUCCGAGCGCUACGGCCAUGUGCUGAGCGGGUGGAUCUGCGGGGAGGAAGCCAUCAUCAUGGAGCGUUACGAUGACGAGACGGUGGCGCAGACGUGCACCGAGCUGCUGCGGAAGUUCACAGGCAAUCCACACAUUCCGAAACCCCGGAGGAUCCUGAGGUCCGGAUGGGGCAGUAACCCGUACAUCCGUGGCUCGUACUCCUACACGCGAGUCGGAUCGACAGGAGCAGACGUCGAGAAACUUGCAAAGCCACUACCUUAUCCAAACAGCACAAAAGCAGCUCCUUUGCAGAUUUUGUUUGCGGGAGAAGCAACUCACAGGAAGUACUACUCUACCACCCACGGUGCUUUACUUUCUGGUGAGCGCGAGGCUGGACGUCUCAUAGAAAUGUAUCAAGACGUCUACCACGGCAAAGAUGAGUGAGACCCUGCACAGAAUGGAUGAAAAGCACGUGGUUAAUAUACCAUUUCUUGAGGAAGGAGUGUUAUAGUCUAAUAAGGGUAUUUUCAAAUCGUGUUUUAACUGGAUAUAUACAAGAUUAACACAUUCUGGUAAUGGUUUGGUAUACGAAUGUUUACACUUGCAUAAUAUUUUAAAUUUUUAAUUAAUGCACUUCUAACCUCAAUUUGAUUUUCUGUAAAUUGAGUGCCUUCCUGUAUAAGACAGUCCAUUACAAUGCUUUUGGAUACCACAUUACUGAGGGUGUUGUUUUUUUAAUGAGAUUUUAAGCUGAGGUCCUCUCAAUACCACGCAUUUUAUUGAAUUAGAUUUAAAUGGAUAUGUGCUCAAAUGACUACAAUAUGAUGUGUGACACUGCCCGAGGAUUUAUGGACGCAGAAAGUAUUUGUGAGGUCAAGCAGAAUCUGUUGAGAGUUCUGUGACCUCAGUUUUUCUUGAUAUUUGUAGAUUAUUUGGAUGAGCCUAGUUUUGGUUCAGGCUAGUUUAGAGAUGUAACGGAAGGCUUGGUAUUCAAAGGGAACAAAGCUGUUUUAAAAUUUAUAUAAAGCACGGGCUAUAUCCAAUUAGAGUUUUAUGCCUAGUUCUGAGCCUUGGAGAGUUUGCCAAAUUGAUUCAAUUUGAUUACAUCAGGACGAACAGGUUUGAAUCAUGAACACUCGUGGU